CGUGAUAAGAGUCUCUAGAGCGAUUGCGUCUGAAGAGGAAGAGUUCCCUCGAAUUCUGAGAUAUAAGGAGCAAAAUCUUGAAGAAAUGGCGGGAGAGCUGAGGAGGCCCCCAGUGAGGGAGCUGCGGCUCGUUGUGCUGUCAAUCGCGCUUUGCCUCGCAGUUGCCGUUGCGCACGGCCAGCGCAAGCAUCGUCAACGGAAUCGCGAAGAUCGUGGCGAGUCACGGAGACCGGAUCUACGCUCCUGGUUCUCACAGUUAGAUUGAUUCAUCCAAGCUCGACUAAACGCUCAAGUAUUUUUUUCGUUCACCUCGAUUUGUCUCGCCUCGAACGGACGAAGAAGCGAUCGGACACACAGGCGGAUACACAGGCAUAGAGAGGAUGAUUAUGCGGGAUACGCCUCGAUGAUAUCCGUUCCGAGGGUGUAGCUUGUUUUCUGCCUAUAUUGCGAUUGCGCAACGUGUAGCAUCGGGCAUCGAGAGGAAACAAUGAGAACAUCGUCGUAAAAGCUAAACGGGGUCCCGCUGCUCGAUCGUGACGUGGCGGCCUUCGAGCGAUCGGAUCGGAUCGUCCCGUGACGGGGACCGAAAAUGACAAUAAGUCGAGCGGCGGUUUUGGUGAUGAAACCUUCCGGACGCGGUGCUUGUCCGCCGUCAUCGCGAGGAUGACGAAGACGUGGACGGUAAGCGGCUUCACGGGGCUCCUCGUCCUCGUACCCGUUACCGUCUGCGCGACGAUCACCUACGUCAACAGCAACGAGGACCCGUCGCGAUGCAACGAUCGCAGUAAUAAUAAUCGCUCUAGCAAUAAAACUUUCUCACUGUGUAAAUACGAUGUCGACUGUAUCGCGAAUGCAUAUUGCCAGAACCAACAAACCUGCUCGUGCAAAGAAAAUCACAUCGAGUUUAGGAUUAACAACAACUACAGAUGUUUAAAAGUGGCUACUAGUAUCGGUGAUCCCUGCGAGGAAGACAUCCAAUGCGAGUUUACAUUUACAUCGCAGUCGGAAUGUCGAGAAGGCACUUGUCAAUGCGCCCACGAUUCUCACUUCACGGAUGGAAGGUGUUACGAGUCCGUCGGUUUGGGUAAACGUUGCCGAUCGAAUCGCAAUUGCUACAUCAGGAAUACUUUUUGCGAGUACGGUUUCUGCACUUGCGGUUUGCGUCAUCACGCGAAUCCUGACAACACCGGCUGUCUACCGAGCGCUAAAUUGGACGAAUACUGCAACAACGAUGACGAAUGCAUCGUGGAGAAUUCGAAGUGCAUGCACAACAGAUGCGACUGCAAAGUGGACUACGUGCUGGUCGAGGGCAGUCGACGAUGUCUGAAGGCCGCUUCCUGGAUCGGCGAGGAAUGCGAGCAGCAGUCCCAGUGCCAGCUGAUCCUAAAGCACAGCCGAUGUGCAAAUGGGACGUGCGAUUGCGUCGCCGGUUCUCACAGACGUGGCCGUCGAUGUUACGUUGAUGUCGAACUUGGCGGUCAUUGCGAGACUCACCAUCAUUGUAUCACCGGAAGUUUGAGGGAUUCCAAUUCGACGUGGAAGUUGAAAGUGGAUUGUGUCGACGGUUUCUGCACUUGUACCGAUGGUUAUACAUUAAUGGAGGAGCUGCAGGACUGCGUUCAAUUCAGUGAUAAUGGUGCAACAAGAUGGCAAGCGUACGGAAUACUCUUCAUCAUCUUUAUCGCGAAAUUUUUUAUGUGCUAAGUAUAAUGGAUCUGUCCAACAGCGUUUUCCAUAAAUCUAUAAACUCAUCGAUUUAUUAACUUAAGAUAUUUAAAUAUAUAAUCGUAGAGCUUUAAUAAUUUAUCUCUAUAGUUUAAACGUGGGUGUAUCGCUGUAUUUAUUUAAAUUGUGAUUGUUCAAUGUAAAUCCGAUAUUUUAACUAGCAAUUCAACUAUAAGCAGCCAAAGAGAAUCAGCGUGUUUUCUUCAACUUGAGAAAACCGCAAUAACGACAUUGUUCUUUUUUUACUUCCGACAUAUAUUAACUGAAUAAUAUUAUAUAUAGUCAUUGAACUAUACACUUGACUAUACACUAGGACUAUACACUUGAGAGCAGAACGUCAUUUCUACACUUUUAAUUUAAACGUAUAAUAAUUUUGCGUAAUUAGGUUCUAUAUUCCUAUAGAAAACAAUAUUCUACUCGAAAAGUAGAAAAAUUCUACAACAAGUUUGUGUGUAUAAUAUUUGAAUAUAUCUCUAUUAUGUAAA